GAGCUUUCAGUCAGUAACAGACACAGAGGAGGAUACUACGCGAUGCUUUGUCUUUAGACGCUGAAAUAAUAUAGAUUAUAAAUAUAAAGUCGGAAAAUAAUAAUAAUUCACUUCAUCUGGUUUUAAUAUAAUGGCAAAGGGAGAAGGCGCCGAGCAGUACGCAGCGACUUUACUGUCAGUUAAACCUAUAAAUACUGACAUCAAGAAAGAAAAGCAGAAUGAGCGAAGAAAUCGUUUGUCUGUGUGCAGCAAACUGUGCUACGCCAUCGGUGGCGCUCCCUAUCAGAUCACAGGCAGCGCUCUGGGCUUCUUCCUUCAGAUCUACCUGCUGGAUGUGGCACAGCUGGACCCCUUUUAUGCCUCUGUCAUCCUGUUCGUGGGCCGGGCAUGGGACGCAGUCACUGACCCCACAGUGGGUUUUCUGGUCAGCCGGAGUAGAUGGACCAGCAUCGGCCGCAUGAUGCCCUGGAUCCUUAUAUCCACCCCAUUUGCAGUGCUGACUUAUUUUCUGAUCUGGUACGUGCCUCCGUUUGAGCAUGGGAAGGUCAUCUGGUACCUGGUCUUUUACUGCCUCUUCCAGUCAAUGCAGACGUGUUUCCAUGUGCCUUACUCUGCCCUCACCAUGUUCAUCAGCACAGAGCAGAAAGAGAGGGAUUCUGCCACAGCCUACCGGAUGAUGGUGGAAGUGCUGGGUACAGUUUUGGGAACUGCCAUCCAAGGGCAGAUAGUGGGCGGAGCCACCUCAGCUUGUCCCAGUGAGACAGAUAUUUCAGAUACUACAAAUUCCACCAACAUCAACAUUUCCAGAGUCUCACUAGACGACACGAAACACGCGUACAUGUUUGCUUCAGGGGUCAUCUGUGCCAUUUACAUCCUUUGUGCUGCUGUAUUGUUCUUGGGUGUAAAGGAGCAGAAAGAGACUGGGAGGAAAAAAUCUGCGCCCCUCAGCUUCAGUCAGGGGUUGUGGCUGGUGAUGAGUCACGGACCAUACAUCAAACUGGUCACCAGCUUCCUCUUCACCUCUCUGGCCUUUAUGCUCCUUGAGGGGAACUUUGCUCUUUUCAUCACAUACGCCCUCGGUCACAGAAACGACUUCCAGAAUAUUCUCCUUGUAAUCAUGUUAUCUGGGACUCUAACCAUCCCAUGUUGGCAGUGGUUCCUGACCCGUUUCGGAAAGAAGACUGCAGUUUACAUCGGCAACUCCUGGGCGGUGCCCUUCAUGAUCCUGAUUGUUUCUGUCAAGAGCAACUUGACCAUUUCCUACUUGGUUUCAGUCGCAGCAGGUGUGAGCGUGGCAGCAUCUUUCCUUUUGCCCUGGUCAAUGCUUCCUGAUGUAGUGGACGACUUUAAGAUUAAAAACCCAGACGUUCACGGUCAUGAAGCCCUCUUCUACUCCUUCUACGUGUUCUUCUUGAAGUUUGCAUCGGGAGUCUCGUUGGGUAUCUCAACACUUAGUUUAAAAUUUGCAGGCUAUGUGACCGGAGGGUGCACACAACCCGAGUCGGUCAGCUCAACCCUAAAGGUGCUGGUCUCCCCUGUGCCGGUGGCUUUUAUUGCUUUGGGGCUAUUGAUAUUCAGGACCUACCCCAUUGAUGAGGAGACUAGGCAGUGCAACCGAAAACUAUUACAGGAAAUUCUAGACUCUGAAGCAGACUCUGAGUCUGAAUCCUCAGCGCUUGGGAGCACCGUGUAGCAGCAGAGGAUGAGCUUUACAUGUCAGCACAGGCCUUUGACUGACAUAUGAACCCUCCUGGACCACAGAACACACUGACCCUGCUGAGGACAAAUGUCAGUUCAACAAGCCCUGGUGGAUCCUACAGGUUUAUGAUGCCCUCUAGUGGCCGGUCGCUGUAACUGAAGUGUUUCUGUUACAUUCACCUUCCAGCUGUGUCCCAGUUAAAUUCCACUUAGUAGAACUUCAACAACACAUCAUAUACAAGACUUGGAUGUAUAAUUCUGUCAGUACAUCUAGAGCCAAAGAUGCAGGUUAGUUUCUAUAUUUGCUGUCAGCUUUCAGUAUAGUUUCUAACCGAGGUUCUUUUUUCAUAGUUCCUUCUGAUGCUUUUGUUUUCAACCAAAUGAGUAUCUACCACAAAACUGCAGUUUUAACAACUACAGCUCUUAAAAGCCAAUAGUAGCUGUCAAGUUUUACUUUACUUUUACUUUACAAAAAAAAAAGUCUUUCCAAAGAUUGUUUCAGGAGCUGUUUACAUUUUUACUCAUGUCAGGUGUAAGCAGCUUCUCCAUGUCUGUAUCUCUGGGUUACAUUGUGGGAAAAAUGCAUUCAAGUUCUCCAGUGCAAAUGCACUACAUAGUGAAAAUAUGACUACAGUGUGAUAUAAGGAAUUGGGACUCGACUUCUACUUCUACUUUGUGGUAUUGUUUCUGAAGAGCUUAUUUCCUGGUUUACAAGAAUGGACCUUCACUCGUGCCGAAUGGAGUGUGAUGUUACCUUGUUUACCAUGACUUACACCAGCUGUGGAGCUGUCGUGUUUAACGUCCCAUUCAGACGAAGCUCUGGGGGAAAUCUACAGUAACAGCCCUUAUUUUUAAAGGGUAUACCAGCACUAUUCCACUAAAUAGGACUUAUUUGGAGCUGUGCUACAGUUUCUACUUGUCCGUGUGUUGUUUAUUGUAGAUCAUACUAAGUCUAAAAGUGUACUUGAAUUUUAUGAAGGGGAAAAGGCACCUCAUGAUGUGAUGUACUGUAUGCAGGUUUUCUGAAGUACCGCCUUACAAGCACAUCUUUACAACCUCUUGAGAUGAGAUUAUCUGAUGAACUUGUUGCCAAGACAUUUUGUCCUUUUUGCUACUGACUGAUUGUACCAUCAAACCUUUUUUGGAUAGUGCUUUAACAUUUCAGCCAGUCACAACAGUGCGAUAGGUGUUUCUUAUUGUGUGUAGGACCAGUUCACCUCCACUAGGAAGUAAUUUUAUUUAAUAGCAUAUUCUCGCUUCCAGAGAAGAAAAUGCUUUAUUCAACUAUUUAUUUGAACAAUCUGUCUGAGGGAUUUCAUUUUCUUAUAAGAACUGUGAGUAUUAUAAUUUAUUGAGUUUAGAAAAAUGGUUAAUGGAUGUGAUUUUCAAGACCUGUGGAGAAUUUAGAAACAUCAAAAAGAAGGAUUUUCUUCUGUUUUCUGAUGAAGAAAAUGUCAAAAGUUGCUGUAACUUGAAAAAAUACCUGCAUUUAAAGAGACUUUUUUUUUUUUUAAGUUCAGAUGAUUUUAUUUUAAAAUCAUCUUAUGUUCUCACUGAUUAAGAGAAGAAGGUCUCUAUAUCUUAAUAUAUUCCUGUAUAGUUUUCAUUUUAGGGCUGUGAAAUUGCACUAAAUUAACUGAAUGAUGCACAAUACAUCUCUAUGUGGUAUUUAUAUACUACUGUGUAUAAAUUGUAAAUAGUAUUUUCUGAGUGUGUCCAUAAUGAGCAAUAUAUAAAUUAAUUAGAGAAGAGGAUAAUUGUUGUGCUGUAAAUUGUCUGUGAAUAAAGGUUUUUGAAAUGGA